AUGGCUUUCUCUGGGAACAAUCAUGCUCUCCUUCUUCUCUUCCUCCUUCCGGCUGUCCUCGUUCCAUAUCAGGCGAGCUGUGAUUCUCAUCAAUCUACUAUCAACAGCCUCUACGAACCCAAAUAUGUGCACCUCACUUUUUAUCAGCACGAGACAGUGAACAAAACAGCGUACCUUGUAACCGAUGGAAUGCCAAGCACAGUUGAUCUUGUUCCAUUCGGCUCUCCUUUUGGCUCCUUGGUUGUGUUCCACGAUACUUUGACUGCUACAGAAGAUCCAGAUUCAGAGGUGGUUGGUGAAGAGGAAGGAACGUUCAUCACUUCUCGUUUUGAUGGUUCGGUUGGCAUCACCACCUGCAUAUUCAACCUCAACUUACCCAACUAUAAGGGCACCAUUUCCAUCGUUGGAGCCACACACGUUUCAGUGCCGUCUGAUCACCCCAUUAUAGGAGGCACUGGAGAUUUCUUGUUUGUUCAAGGCUAUGGAAAAUCAACACUGGUGAGCCUGGAGGGGCUAACAGCUAUUUACCGUGUAGAUCUUCACCUGUAUUGGCCUUCCUAUGCUGCUCCCAAGAGCUCUAACUAG